CAUCGAACGGGGAGCUCGCGCUUCUCGCUUCACCUCUGAUGGACUUGAGAUAAGAGGAGAUCAGUCAGCGUCUCUCAUUUUUGAUGCCCCGGUGUUAGUAACACAGCAAGACACAAACUGCUCUGAUGCUCUCAACUGUUCCUGCGCCCAUUUUAAUGUGUUUUAUGGGUUUGCGCUCAACAGUGAGGUAGACUUUUAUCCGGGCACAUUUUAGAGUGUCAGCGUGUGAUUUAUCCCGUGGAUGCGGCUGUCGGAAUCCAUGUGAGCCCUGCAGGAUCAGCCUGUCACAGGGCAUCAUGGUGCAUCAGGUUCUUCACAAGUGGAUGAGGAAUAUUUCUCCAGAGAUGCUGCUGCUGCUCCUGGUGCCGAUACUGUGCUCCUUUCGUCUGUCAGGAGCGGCUCCCUCUCUGACUACCGAGCAGCUGGACAUGGGGGUGGACUGGCUGAGUAAGUUUGGGUACCUCCCACCGCCUGAUCCUGUGACUGGCCAGCUUCAGACCAAGGAGGCCCUGACCAAGGCCAUCAAAGCCAUGCAGAAGUUUGGAGGGCUUAAGGAGACUGGAGUCUUAGACCAAGAAACACUAGGGCUGAUGAAAACACCCAGAUGUUCUCUGCCUGACGUGUCCGACACAGAGGGGACAGUGGGACGUAGGAAGCGAAGCUUGAACCCUCAGAACAAAUGGAACAAGAGACAUCUAUCCUGGAGAGUCAGGACCUUUCCUAAGGAUUCGGCUUUACUGGGCAGGGACACUGUUCGAGCCCUUAUGUACUACGCCUUGAAGGUCUGGAGCGAUAUUGCGCCCCUUAACUUUCAUGAGGUAGCUGGCAGUGAUGCAGAUAUUCAAAUCGACUUCACUAAGGCUGACCACAACGAUGGAUACCCCUUUGAUGGGCCAGGUGGCACAGUGGCACAUGCCUUUUUCCCUGGGGAGAGAUUUACUGCUGGGGAUACACACUUUGAUGAUGACGAGGCCUGGACCUUCAGGUCCCCAGAAUCUCAUGGGAUGGAUCUGUUUGCAGUCGCAGUCCAUGAGUUCGGUCAUGCCAUCGGCCUGGUGCACACAUCAGCCAUAGAGUCUAUCAUGAGACCAUACUACCAGGGUCCCGUGGGAGACCCGCUGAAAUAUGAUCUACCCUAUGAAGACAAAGUCAGAGUCUGGCAGCUCUACGGUGUCAGAGACUCAGUUUCCCAUACAAAUCGACCAGCAAACCCCUCCCAGACAGCUGAACCUCCUGUUCUACUGGACCUCCCCGAAAACAGAUCCACACUCCUACUGGCACGGGAUGCUCCAGACAGAUGCACCAGUCACUUUGAUGCUGUGGCCCAAAUACGAGGGGAGGCCUUCUUUUUCAAAGGGAAGUAUUUUUGGCGGCUAACUCGAGAGAAGCACCUAGUAUCUCUCCGUCCUGCUCAGAUUCAUCGUUUCUGGAGGGGCCUUCCUCCUAAUCUGGACAGUGUGGAUGCUGUGUACGAGAGACCAGGGGACCACAAAAUCGUGUUUUUCAAAGGUAAAUAUAUCUGGGGCUAUAAAGAUGACUAUGUUGAGCAACAUUACUGAUUUCCCCUGUAGCAACUCCCAGCUGAAUGUGUGGAAGCUCUUUUCCCUUGGAUUGAAAAUGACUCGUCCUAUUUCUUCAAAGGGAAGGAGUACUGGCGAGUGCCAGGCAGUGACAUGGAGGUGGAGGCAGGAUACCCCCGCCUCCCUGUGUCCUCCCCCUCCCUCCCUCCCACUCUCUCUUAAGGCUCGUCCUAUUUCUUCAAAGGGAAGGAGUACUGGCGAGUGCCAGGCAGUGACAUGGAGGUGGAGGCAGGAUACCCCCGCCUCAUCGCAAAGGACUGGCUGCUGUGCACAGAGAUGCAGUCGGACUCUCCGGACACACAGCCCAAAAGCACAGAGACGAGAGUCAACGUGCAAAAUCACCCAGAUCACGCGGAGAACGGAUACGAGGUGUGCUCCUGCACCUCGGACACCGCAUCGCCUCUAGGCGUCCGCCCAUCCCCGUCUCCCGUCUGGCUGCUGCCGCCACUCUGGACGCUGUCACUGGCCCUCCGCUCCGAACUGCUAUGAUGCUAAAGCAUGGGACACAGUUCUCAAGCUGGGUGCAAGAGUUUAAUUAUUAGUGAAGGGCCAGUGGACACACACUAAAGUACAAACGGGAAAUUUCUGCUCAUAUAAGUAUUGAUUGGUAUGUUUUUACCAUUAUUUUGUUGUUAUUUAUUUCACAUGCCAUUUGAUGGUCCUUUAAAGCGCCUUGCAGUUUGGGAUGUACAUACCAUUAUCAUACUAUCAAACUAAGGUACCCCUGACAGGUAUCAAUACAUCCACAAUGAUAACGUUAGUGCCGUACUUGACAAAUUGUUAUAUCUUUUUUGUUUUAGGUUUGUUUUUGUUGUUUUUUUGAAUGGCUAAAAAGGUUUAACGCUGAGAAGACUAAAUGAGUAGAGAUGGUUUUUUUCAUGUGCACCAAGUUUACAGCAAUAAUGAAUGGCAUUUGUUUGAUGUGAAGUGGUAAAAAAAAUAGAAAUAGAAAUUUUGAUAAGUGACACCAUGAAAUCUGGUAAUGACAGACAUUUUUGAGAAAUAUGCUUCCUUGCUGAGAGUUUGAUGAGAACAUUUGCUUUAGAAAGACCAGGAAAAGAGGGGAAUAGCUAGCUGACCUCAAGCUCAUUGAACUAGCAGUGUUUUGUUUGUCAUUUACAAGUCAUUUACUUGCUUCAAGACAUGUUUUUUUUUUUACCUUCCAGCACAGCCAUGAAUAUUUAAACACCUAUCUUCUCAUCUAACUAUCAGCAAGAGAGUAAAGAAGCAUAUUUGCCAAAGAAAAAAAUUGUGCCUGGAAAGUAAAACUUCCUACCAGGCUAUAUGCCUUUCAAAACCCUGUCCGUCAAAUCUAUUUUUUUAUCUUUCGUUUUAGCCUGACUGCAGUUAACAUGAUGGCGAAGUUUAGGGUUCUGAUUCACCUAUCCCGGAGAAAAAUAGUAUUUUUACGCAACCUGAUAUAAAAACCCCACAGAACGGCUCAAGCCAGGGUAAAGAAUGACAUCCUGGGAUAUAAAUACUGUAGGUAGACAGUUGACUGACACCCCGGCACAUAUCGAGGCAGCCUGGCAAAAAAAAAAAAAAAGUGCCCCGUGGAUGUGGUGUAGAUAGUUUGUAGAUGAAUGGCCCCUGUGGGAUCCUGACAGCCAGGCAUAAAUGGCACGCUGGAUGGCAACAGGUAGAUGAGUGGCAUUUGAGGUUGUAAACAGGCAGGUAGGUGAAUACCACCUGCUACAGCUACAUGCAGGAAAGGGCACUCUGGGAUUUGGAAAACAGACAAACGAAUGUUAUUCAUGGCAGAAAGUCUCUCUCACGGUUGCUUAGUGCCAUUAUCCUUGCUUUGAUCCUUUACCUAUACUCCCACACUCUUUGAGGAAAUGAUGUUCAUAUAUCUACACAAAGUUGUUAUUUUCACCAGAAGCAUUCCCUGCCAUUAUCAGAGGCAGCAUUUGCCUCUGCUUUGUUGUAUUUUUUGUAAUUAAUAUGGAUAGAUUGUGAGUCCAUAUUUGCUUUGAUCAGAUUACAGCUCACGGCUUCAAGCUCCUCCUGGUGACGUCAUUGAAAAACCUCACAAAACAGCAACCAGGUUUAUUGUUGCUGGUAUAUUUACCUACAGUUUAAAUAUAGACACAGAUAUAUUUCAAUGGAGAUGUUCCAUGGGUACUUCAAUCCAAGUGGACUGUGUAUAUUUCAAGCUGUGUUUUCUAAUGUAAAAUAUUUUUGUAGAAAAAACAUUAAAGAAU